AUGUCGACCACCGUCCAUGUCAAGAAUAUCUCCCAUGACACCAGCGAGAAGGAGGUCAAAGACUUUUUCAGCUUCUGUGGCAAGAUAACCUCAAUCUCUGUGACACCAGAGUCCGACGCCCUAGAUGCUGCAAAAUCUGCCACUGUGACCUUUGAGAAGGAAACGGCCGCAAAGACCGCCCUCCUCCUCGACAGCACCCAGCUGGGAAAAUCUCAGGUCCACGUGUCUGCAGCCAGCACCAUCGAUGACGUUGCUUCCAAGGCUGGCGCCGCAGUUUCGUCCGCAAUGGGCGGCGAAGAGAUUACGCAAGAAGACAAACCACGCUCAAGGAUUGUGGCCGAAUACCUUGCACACGGCUACGCCCUCUCAGACCAAGUCAUCUCAAGAGCAAUUGCGUUGGAUCAGAAGCACGGUUUCAGCAACCGUUUCACCAGUGCCCUGACCAACUUCGACCAAAAGUACAAGGCCACCGACACAGCCAAGUCUAUGGAUACUAAAUAUGGUGUGAGUGACAAGGCGAUGAGUGCCUGGGGUGGAGUCAACUCGUAUUUCGAGAAGGCGCUAGGUACUCCCACCGGGCAGAGAAUCAGAGAGUUCUACAUGCAAGGAGACAAGCAAGUCAGAGAUGUCCACAACGAGGCUCGCCGACUGGCGGAUCUCAAGGCCGGCAAGCACCACGAACCAGAGCCUGUCCCAGGAACGGACAAGACGGUUUGCAAAUGUGGUGGCGAGGAAGGGACUUGCGGAUGCGCCCCGGGUCAUUGCAGCUGUGCUAGGUGCGCAAAGAGCGAUGUCGGGGAGAUCCAGCCAGAACCAGUCAAGGGUACUGACAAAACAGUCUGUACUUGUGGAGGCUCCGAGGGCAAAUGCCCCUGCCCUCCUGGCCACUGUGCCUGUGCAAACUGUGCAAAGAGCAGCUCUGAAGCAACUACUGAAGCGAAGGAGGCUGCUCAAGCGAGCGGGCAACAAUUGCCAACGGGUGCUGUGUAA